AGCAGAAAAGAAACACAAAAUAAUUUGCAACAUACUUAUAUGUACUGUGAAGUUGAAUAAUGGAGGAUAAAAGACAACGAGCCAGAGUUCAGGGUGGAUGGGCUCGCUCAGUGAAUAAAAGAGGAGCCUCUAAUACAGCUUCUGGAGUUUCCAGUGCCAGGAGCCAAGUCUUGGGAAGCACUUCCCAUUCCCGGGCGAAAAGAGACAAGCGACUUUCAUCUGAAAAACAAUUUGUAUUUAAAGCACCAGAAGAGGUGGUGCGCAAAGCCCCGGAGCCCAAAAUAAUAGAGAAACAGGGCGUCUAUGAGAUCAGCACACUGCCAUCAGGAGUGUCUCGAAUUCACCUAGUUCCUGGCUUCAUUGACUUAAAUGAGGCAGACUGGAUGUUUGGACAACUCUUCCAAGAAAUCCCCUGGAGACAGAGAACACAUGUCAGACAGGAUCAAUCUUUUGAUGAGCCCAGACUCACAGCAUGGUAUGGUGAACUUCCGUAUACUUACUCAAGGCUUACAAUGCAGGCAAAUGCUGAUUGGCAUCCACUACUGACCAUGCUGAAGGAUCGCAUUGAAGAUUUCACUAAAAACACCUUCAACUCCCUUCUCUGCAACCUGUAUCGGAAUGAAAAGGACAGUGUUGACUGGCAUAGCGAUGAUGAGCCUGCACUAGGACAAAACCCUGUGAUUGCUUCACUCAGCUUUGGUGCCACCCGGAUGUUCGAACUGAGGAAAAAGCCUUUGCCUGAGGAGAACAAUGACUACACUUAUGUGCAAAGAGUGCAUGUACCACUGGAUCAUGGAACUUUACUAAUGAUGGAAGGAGCAACUCAAGAAGACUGGCAGCAUCGUGUACCCAAGCACUAUCACUCCAGGGAGCCACGUAUAAAUCUGACAUUUAGGACAAUGUAUCCAGACCCUGAGAUGUUGCACACAUGACUGAAAGAAUCUUUUGUCCUCUAGUCUUGCUACCGAUUGCAGAGAUGAAUGCUGAUGUGGGUAGGAGAGCCCAACUGGAUUUGGUGGUUUGUAGCCAGCAACUAAGAGAUGAAAGAAAGGCAUGACUAUAAUGAAAGCUUGUAACUGUUGCCAGUUCCCUGUGGUGAAUGGUACCUUUUUCUAGGACUGUUUGCCAGUUCAUAAUGCUUGAUGGUAAAGUGAUGUUCAUUAAUUUGGGUAAGACUGUUUUGCUCUGAGGAUUUGCUAAUCUGCUAAUGCUUUCUUGAGGGAAUAUACUUUCUGGGGGGGGGGGUAGCUGAGAGGGUUUUCUUAACAGAGGCAAGUGACUACUUUCUUUUUAUUUCCUGUUUGUACUGUGCUACAUAAAUUCCAUUUAUCUUUGAUAUACAAUUUUCUUGUUUAACAUUGGGGAAGGGGGCAUGAUGAGAGUACAACUUGUGGCACUAUACUAUUGCACAUAUCACCCAGCUUGGUUUAGGAUUUUGAAAAUUAAACUGCAAAUGAGAACGUGUGAUGUUUCAAGUAAAAAAUUAUUUAAAGUCCUUUGCUACAUUCACGGGCGUUCUCCACAUUUGGAAAUAAUGUGCCGUUCUCUUACACUUUCUGAAUAGAUUUUCAACAGUUUUUAAUUCCCAGCACUGGUUCCUGAAAAUAUUAUCCCAAAUUGAUUGAUGCAGAAAAUAAAAUGAGUAGCCAUAACCUUGUGGCCUGAAUAACUCUAGUGGUUCUUCCCCUUCUCCACAGAUGUUCUUUCUGGAAUUAAGAAUAGACAAAAGUAAUCUAUUCUGUAGUAUCUCAGAGAAAGACUUCUGCCAGUUCUGCUAGUACAGAUCCUUUAGCUGAAAAUGCCAGGCAUUGAACUUAGGGCUUUCUGGAUGUGCUUCCUAUCUUCUUAGGUAUUUCUCUCUUAACUCUUUACAGGUGAGAGGUUGUUGCAAAUCAGCUCUUUGGCCAGUAAAGUUGAUGCAGCUUCACCUGCAUCAUCUCUCCCUCAUUGGGGAAAAGGCAGCAUCGUCAAAGUCACAACUGAGAUAUGUAACUCUUUCAAGAGCUGGUAGAUUCUGAAAGUGCCCACAGUUAUCUCUAAUAAUUGACUAGAAAUAACAAAAGGGAUUCUUUUGCCCAUUUUAGUCAAAGAACGGUGUUGUCUGCAAGAGUAACAUGGACAAAGAGGAAUCCUAGAAAAAGAAGUCUAAAAAGUUUAUUUUAAGGAUUUCAGACUGCUACAGCCCCUGAGGGACAGGAGAUUAGGGAUGAGAGAACUCUGACAAGUCCCAACAAGCAUACUAAUCCUAAACCUCAAGCAAAAGUUGUUGCUUUUUUUACAGGUCUGCAUUGUGUGUCUUACCUAAUACCGCUGUUUGUGGAAUUCAUCACAAAUUUAGAAGAAAAAACAAUCCCCACAUGUCUUUUAUAUACAUUGUAUAUUUUUGCUCCAUGGUUAUUAAUACUUCCCAUUUACUGAAAGCAGAUGAAAAAUUCAGCAUGAACUCAAUCCAUGUAAGUCAUUUUUCAGAAAAUAUUUACUGACAGUUCCUCUGCCCAUCUCUUCUGCAUUGUGGAUAAUAAUUGCUCCUUGUGGUGUACAGACCGAAGGGACUAAUUCCUGUUAUGUCUAAAUUUUCAUGUAUAGCUGUAACUAUAAAGGAUAAAGUGCUCAAGCCACUGAACGUUUUGUACAGUGGGGCAAAAUUUAUUUCUGCCUGACAUAAAAGUAGUAAAAUGUUAGUAUGAUGUUUGGCUUGAGGUACUGUGUAGGUUUAAAAAUGGAUUUUAUAACUGUAAGGAUUAAAGUUAAUGGAGAAAAUGAUUAAGAAAUUGGCAGUAUUGUGUAGAUCAGGAGGCAGUACAGCAUCUACGGUCUCUUAUCAUUGGCCAUUCUGGGUGGGGCUGAUGAUAGUUGCAAGCCAAAACAUCUAGAGGGACAAACAUUCUCUGCUCCUUCUGUAUUUAGUGUUAAAAUACCUUUAUCCUGCCUGAUACAAGAAGCUCUCAGGGUGAUAUGUAAGUAGUUUUGGUAGAUUCUACCUUUUCUGUUGAUGUGUCAUGAAAUGUAGCUGGCUCUUGCUCAAUUUAAAGUAAGAUAGGUAAAAAGUCACCAUUUUAAUAGUGCACACUUAUAUAAAAAUGGCAUGGAUGAGCAACAGGAACACCUGGAAAAAUUCAGUUAUACUUAUCUUCCUGGUAGACAUUCAGGGUAGUUCCUGGGAUAGAAAAGUCUAUUAUUCUGUAAUCUUCCCCACCACAACCACUUGGCAUCCUCAGACAUAGUUUCUUCUCAACAUAUGUGAUAAAACUGCUGGAAUUGAAUGGGAGUAAAGUCGAAGGCUUUCAUGGCCGGCAUCCAUAGUUUGUGGGUUUUUCGGGCUAGAACAUGGCCAUAUAGCCCAAAAAACCCACAAAAAAACUAUUAAUGGGGGUAGUUUGUUCUUUACUGUUGAAUGAAUCAAGAAGUGGGAAAAGCUUAACAAAUUAAGCUAUUUCUAACCCAUUCCACCAAAAUCCCUUAUCUUGCUUUCCAUAUUUCCUUCUAAACACAUGUCCUUAUUAUCACUGUUUCUUUAGCUUGUUAAUCCCUAUGUGAAUCCUAACAAAAGUCCCUGGGUUAAGAGCUUCCAAAGCCACUAUUCUGGGGCAGGUGGAUCAUCUUGAUAAAAAGAAGUGCACCAUCAUCCCUUUCAAAAUUCUGGAGAAACAUUAAUACUGAAAUCUCAAAAUCAAUCAUUUUCAUUAAAAAUAUACAUUUUCUUAAGCUGCUGCUUAAUGCUGGCAAAUUAAUCCAUAUCUUUGUUGGUUUUACAAACAAAAAUCCAUUAGUGAUACCUUUAUUGGCCAACCGAAAUACACAAUAUACUUGUUGCAAGCUUUCGCAAGUCCAUUUGCAUCUCAACAGGGACCCCUCUUUUGAAAUCAAACAUGUCUCCAUUCUAGUGAGGUCACAUGCCUCUUUGUAGGCAGAGAACAAUGGAUUCCUCAAGAAGUCUCCAUAUUUUUCAAUCAUGAACAUUUGGGUGAUGUAGAGGUAAAACAUGUGAAUUCAGUCCUAGUUGAUUUUACUUUGUUAGUUCCCGUCACUGGCCUGAAACACUGAGAGGGAGGCUUGGGAAAUGAUGUAGUGGAUGACAGCUGAACACUCAACCUGCCAUCCCUUUCUCUAUGCAAGGCAUACUUUUAGCAUGCCCACCUACCUUCAAGUGGCAUAUUUGCCCAUGUUAUAGAUAAUAGCAGUUUCUGCACCAGUUUUCAAUCUACAUUGUGAUCAUAGCAGUUGCAAUGCAUGACAAAAGGAAGAAAGCCUAAUUCUAGUAAUUCACCUCCUCUAUAGUUUCUACUUCCCCUGCUAUUUUGCAUGGGAAUCAUUUCUGUUCUUAGUUGCCUUCACUUAAACCAUUCAUGCACUUUUAUCACAGUAUCAGGUUGGCACCAUUACAUCAAUUUCUGUUACCCUCUGUCACAGAACAGCCCAAGUGCUCAAUUUGGUCAAGUUACUUGAAUCCGAAUGUGAGUGCUCAGUGACGUAGAUGCCUUAUGACAGAACAGAGGAUGAGAAGCUGUAUAACUAGCUGAGGUACAGACUAGGUGGCCCUGGGCAACCUAUUUUCCCCAAAGGGUGACAUGUGGCAUGGUGAUGAUGGGUGGCAGUACAGCCCAAAAUACCUCUCUGUCAAGUACUGGCACCUUUUACUCACCUACAUGCAUUUGUCACCCAGUUUGCCUUUUCCAGUCCAGUAUUUCCUACUUGCACAUAGAAAAUGGCUUGGAGUAUGUUUGCUUGGUUCUGCUUUUAAGCCUGUGCUUCUGUAGCAACACAUUUCAUUUGCUUGAAUGGUGGUUCCAUUGGCUCAUCUGUUCUGCAAACAUCAGCCUCUCCCAAGUUUCUUUAUCUGGGCCAGUAUUGUUAUGUUGUUGCUUCAGCUUGAUCUCUUUAUGCUGGGAAGUACCAAAGACAUGUUUAAAAAGUGAGGAAAAUGUGAGGACCAAACUGCACAUUAAGGAUUAAAUCUUUUGACAUGUUUUCACUUCAGAGAAGUCCCUCCCCCCGUUGGAUUUCCACAAUAAUACUUAGUUAAUGUUUCACCACUGUAUGUCUCUUCUCCCUCAAAUUGCUAUUUGCUCCCGUUGAUCUAUUAAUGUGAUAGAUUUGUCUACAGCAUGUACCCUUGAAGGUACCUCAUUAUUCCACCACCACCACCCUGAAAAAGUCAUUAAUAUUAUUUUAAUGUGAUUGUUUUUUAGUACUGAUGGCAAAACCUUUACUUAAUGUUGACACUAGGUUCCACCAACAUGGAUUUUGUAAGAAAGUUCAGUGUCGUCUUGGCCAUCCUGAACCUAGUGCCCUUCAGGUAUUUUGUACUCCAGAUCCCAUGAUCCUUCAUGACUGGCUCUGUUAGCUGGAGCUGAUGGACACCAGGCUGAGAAAAACUCCACCUCACACAUUUUUUUAAAGGAUACCAUACCAUAUGUCAUCACCCUCUUGCCCAUUAUAAUGAUGGUCAACUUGGCAUUUAAUAGCUUGUAGAAUUACAAAGCUUUCUUCAUCACAAUGUUGCCAGGAAGUGUACAUUGGACAGAAAUAAUAGAAAAAGUUGGGAAACUGUAAAGAAAGAAAAAAAUAAGCAACCAUAGAAGUGGAACUUGCUGUAAGAGAACAGGCUUUGUCCAGAGCUUUAAAAGGUUAUUAUUUUAGAUUGCAGUUCCCAGAAUUCAAACAGUAUGGCUGCAGGCUAUACUGACCGCGGGAUUCUGGGAAUUAUAGUCCAAUCCCCUCCCUUUGUUUCUAUGCAGUUAUUUACACACCUCCAGAUUUAUAGUGUUGCUUCAAUGUUCACUAAUAAGAAGCAAAACCCUAAUUUACAAGCAGUUUGGAUUAAUGCCCCCCCAUGUGAUGUGUUUGGUGUUUUCUGAAAAGAGAGUGAUGAGCACAGCUAGACUACCCACAUUAUAUAAUCGGAGCCACUGAUAUCCACCUACUUAUGUGAGUAGAGGAGGCAACUGCAGCACAUGUGAGUAGGAAGGCAUUUGACAGACUGGCUUCAACAAGGACUACAUUUUAAGCAUCAUACACAAGAUGAAUCUGGCUGUGCUUGAAACCAGCUGCUUUUCUCACACAGAAUGAUAAGGUGGCAGGAAGCAAAUCAUCCUCAACAGUAACCCACUGAAUAGCAGAAGGCAACUCUCUUGCUGUGUUCAGUGACAAGCAAUUUCCCCUGACAGGCCACUCUUUGUUUUCCAAGUCCUGAAAGUACUGAGUGAUCAGUUCUAUCUAGGUCCCCCCCCCACCAAAAAAAAACAUCAUUAAAUUAAGUAGUAGUUGAUGUUCAUCCUUUCUUGAUCCUGAUUCCUGCCUUGCCCAUUUAGAGGAAAAAAAUAAAUGUCUCCUUUUACAUAGAUCAUCUUAGACUAGGAGCACAAAUGGUUUCUGAAGUCUGGCUUUUAUGAUUGCUUUUUCUUGCUUGCUUGCUAUGUAAACUUUGUGCUUAAAGUUACCGUGAAGAUACUACUCAGGUUAACAGGGCUCUCUGACCUCUUCUAAGGCUAAUAUUUCAAAAGGAGUAGUUCAACUUGUAGCCCUUGGAAAAUAGUUCUUCAGGCUCCUUAACAUCCAAAAUAUGUUUCAUUGUUAUGUUGCAGAGCUAUAACUUCAUUUAGCUAUUUUUAUUCACAUUUCCUCAUUAUUGAUUUCCUAAAACUCAUUCCCUUAGAGCUGGUCCUAAAUUAGUAGCACUGGGAAAAGGCAUGGGAAAAUAAAAGGUAUUUCAAAUUAAUUUAAAGCAAAUACUUUACAGGUUGAAUCUCUCUUAUCUGGAAUUCCAAAAUCCAAAAUACUCCAAAAUCCAGCAUUGUCCACAAGUAGUUAUGAUAGUGACACCUUUGCUUUCUGAUGGUUCAGUGUACAUAAACUUUGUUUCAUGCACAAAAUUAUUUUAAAAAUGUAUAAAAUUACCUUCAGAAAAUGAACAAAUGUAUUUCAUAUCUAGACUUGGGUGCCAUCUCAUUAUGUAUAUGCAAAUAUUCAAAAAUGCAAAUUACAUCUAUACCCAAACAUUUUGGUUAAAAGAAACUCAACCUGUAUUACCUUUUUAUUUUUAUUUUUACUGUAAAUGUGUGCCAUGAAUGGAUGUACAGUAACUACGUAUAGAAAUAACAUCUAUUUUUUUCUUGCAUGUGUUUUCUGAUGCAGGUGGUUACAAAUGUUGCCUAUAGAGAGAGUGUGUGUGUGUAACUUACAAUUUUAAAAAGUUAAUAAACUAAAAAUGCAACAGCAGUAGAGCAGCAUCAUAAAAUAAAAUUUAAAAACUGUAACAGCAGCUAACCAAAAACAUAACAACUAUAUCAAGCUAACUAGAAACAUCAGAAGUAGAAGUAGAAAAUUUGUCUCAGGAUAAAAUAGUCUUUGAAGAAUUCAGUCAAAAGAAGGACAAAGGUUCAUAAAAGAUCAUCUUCUCUUGGGAAGCUGUUCCAUAAGUUAGCUCCCACAACUGGAAAGUCCUUAUUUGUGAAUGUUUGACAAUUAGCUUUUAUAUUUUCACAUUUGCGGGAAAAGCCACUUACUCUUCUUUUGUAAUAGUAGGCUUGUGUAUGUCAUAAAAUCUGUAUUAUUCCAAGUGAGGUUUGUCCACAGUUAUUACUCCUGUACAACUCCACCUUAAAAUUGUUACAGAUUGAAAAUGAGCAAAUAUUGUGUUUGAUUUAUUAACCUUUUUUUCCUUUGGAAAACUUCUUGUCUUACAAAGUUCUACAAGCUUACUCAUGAGAGACAUUUUGCCUGUUCCUAAUAAAGCUGUUACUGCACCGUG